ACCCCAAUGUCGUCGUCACCAUCUUCCUUGAAGAAGAAGCACCAAUCUCCAGUUGAUGGAAGAAUAAUCACUAUUCUGAGCAUCGAUGGAGGCGGCAUUCGCGGCAUCAUCCCUGCCAAGAUUCUUGAGUUCCUUGAAUCCGAACUCCAGAAAUUGGACGGCGAAGAUGCUAGAAUUGCAGACUACUUUGAUGUAAUUGCAGGGACGAGCACCGGAGGGCUGGUGACGGCCAUGUUGACUGCCCCCGAUGCUAAUAAUCGCCCUAUUUAUGCAGCUAAAGAUAUUGUUCCCUUUUAUGUACAACAUGGGCCUAAGAUUUUCCCAAAGAGAUGUGGAUUGCUUGGAUUGAUGGCUGCAUUAUUAGGCCCCAAAUACAAUGGCAAGUAUUUGAAAGAGCUCAUAAGGAAGAAUUUAGGGCAGACUCGUUUGCAUCACACCUUGACCAAUGUUGUUGUCCCAUCAUUCGAUAUCAGGCAUAUGCAACACACCGUCUUCUCCUCCUACGAGGUCAUCUCGCAAUCUAUCUUUUUGUUGUUUUUAUAUCCGUUGCAUGAGAAAUUAAUUUAUUCAAGAGUGUCUGGACAAUUAAUUUAUGUAUGGUUGCAACAGUUGAAGAAUAUGGGGUACAAGGACGCGCUACUGUCCGACAUAUGCAUCGCCACCUCUGCCGCGCCCACUUAUUUUCCGCCCCAUAGUUUCACAAACGCCGAUGGUUCCGGCCACUCUUGGGAUUUCAAUCUCAUCGACGGUGGUGUCGCUGCCAACAACCCGACGUUGGUGGCAGUAAGAGAAGUGACAAAAGAAGUGGUGAGCAGAAGCGAAGAUUUCUUCCCAAUUCAGACUCUGGAAUGCGCAAAGUUGCUGGUGAUAUCGCUGGGCACAGGCUCAGCGAAGCAGGAGGAGAAAUACACAGCGGAAAUGGCGUCGAAAUGGGGUGUGAUCAGCUGGCUGCUUCAUGGAAAUUCCACACCAAUAAUCGAUGUCUACAGCCAAGCCAGCACAGAUAUGGUUGAUUAUUUCUUAUCAGUAAUAUUUCAGGCUCAGGCCUCUCAACAGAACUAUCUCCGCAUUCAGGCUGAAAAUUUAACCGGAGAUAGCUCGUCGGUGGACGUCACGACAGAUGAGAAUAUGAAUGAUCUGGUCGAAAUUGGGGAAUAUUUGUUGCUCUCUCCUUUAUCAAGAGUUAAUCUGCAAACAGGGAUUUUUGAGCCGGUUGAUGGUGGAGGCACAAAUCAGGACAAUUUGAUUAAAUUUGCAAAAAUGCUCUCUGAUGAACAGAAAUUCCGGCAGUCAAAAUCACAGCACAAGAACUAGAAGGGACCUCAUAAUUAUUAUGUAUAAAAGCAAAUUGGGAGUUUAAAUUAUUUUGCAAUGCGAAUAAAAUGUAUUUUGCUGAUGCUUUAAAAA